GAAGUGUCUGUGAGAUUUUGAGGUUACAAUAACGAAGGUGUAUCUAAUUUGUUAUGUUAUUCUUAUCAUUUAAUAUAUUGUAAUAUCAUAGAAGACAGAUCCAAAACACCUCUGGUGUGUAUAAUAAAUUACCCACAAUCUCAUGUUUGUCGUCAUAAAGUAAAACCGGUAGGCAUGGGAAUUUUUCGUUUUUGUUUACAAUCUCCAAUAAAAAACGUUUUAAAUAACAUAACUCGAACUUUAUCUACCAUCAUGACACAUAAAGAGAUAUCAAGAAGGAUAGUUUGGGUGGAUUUGGAAAUGACUGGUCUGGAUAUAGAGAAGGAUCAUAUCCUUGAGAUAGCAUGUCUUGUGACAAAUGCUAACCUUGACAUUGUAGCUCCUGGACCAAACAUAAUUAUACAUCAGCCUGAUGAAAUCCUUAAUGCUAUGAACCAAUGGUGUAUUAAUCAACAUGGUGAGACUGGAUUGACAGAGGCUAGUAGACAAUCCUCAAUAUCAGUGCAAGAAGCUGAGAGUCAAGUUUUAAAGUUUUUGAGCAAACAUGUUCAUGAAAACAGAAGUCCUCUUGCCGGAAAUAGUGUUUACAUGGAUAGACUAUUCAUACGUAAAUAUAUGCCAAAACUGGAUUCAUAUCUACAUUAUAGAAUUAUUGAUGUUAGCACAAUAAAGGAAUUAGCAAAGAGAUGGUAUCCACAAGAAUUUUCUAGAAUACCGAUUAAAAAAUUUCAACACAGAUGUAUGAAUGAUAUUUUAGAAAGUGUUGAAGAAAUGAAGUAUUAUAGGGACAAUAUUUUCAAGAAGGAAAUGCUGAACGAAUGAUUGAGAUAUUUAAAAAAAAUUCUUCGUUGAAAUUCAACAUUUUACUGGUUGAUGAACUGGUACAUAUCUUUUGCAACACUACAACAACCAACUCAAACACCAUUGUCACCCCAUAUGGAUUUUGGAAAUCAGUGUUAUAGAGAAUGAAUGGAUUACUUCAGUCUACUUAUCUCUAAUAACUUUACCAUUGCAAUAUUAUUCAGGUAUUUGUAUAAAGAGUUCCAGGAGGCUAGACAAAGUGCAUUCGCUUCAAAGUGAUUCUAUAGCGAACAUCAAAAAUGUAAGGAAGUGAAACGCGACAGUCACGUGACUUAACGAAAGUUAUUGUCAGUUCUAUACAUUUUUGAAGUUCAUUAUGGAUUUGCUUCGGAGCGAAUUCGCUUUAUCAAGCUCUGCAGUUAACGUUAAAGCAGAUUCAAAAGUUACCAGUUUUCAUUAUAAAUUAAAUAUUUUUUUGUAAA